CGUAUAAGCGUUGGUCAUUGGCUGGUGUAAUUCAUUUAGCGUUUGGUCAGAGUUGAGCAAGGAGCGUGUAGCGAUAGUGUGGAUCUGUAUCUUAUACACUGUGUGGAACCUUAUCACGGAAUAUUAACAAAAAAUUCGCAGAGAUGGGGGACGCGGCCCUUGACCUAUCCGCUAAACCAAGUGUGUGUUCCCCUCCCGAGAGAGUAAGUCCCCUACCUGUCAAACCCUGUGUACGAAAUACCAGUACCUGUGAAUCAGGACGCUCAUCUUCAUCUUCCGUCCAUUCAUUGUCAAACGAUUUGGACCAUGACAUUUCUCAAGAGGAACAUAGGAGACGAUCUCCCGGAGAAUACUCAAAUCAUAGUUCACCAAAUAACAUUGUCGGCGAUAAAAGCAACAGUUCAGAUAAAUCUGAUGCUGCAUUCACACCAUCCCGACCCUUCAAAAUGUACCCUAUGGAUCAAUUUUCUGCUUACAAUGGAACAGGAAGUACCCCAACAUCACCGCUCUCCCCUAUGACGGGCUCGUUCGGCAUGACAAGCAUGUUCGAUAGUCCUGCAGCAUACCCUACUUUCCCUCUUACGCCUCUUACAUCUCAUCUUAUGCAGCGAAAACGACGAGCGGAAAAUAGAAAUGAAACGUGCAUUGAUAAAAAGACAAAAACUGUACCAGAAGACAAGAAAGACGAAGCUUACUGGGAACGAAGGCGGAAAAACAACGAAGCAGCAAAGAGAUCAAGAGACUCGAGAAGGUGUAAGGAGGAGGAGAUAGCAAUGCGGGCAGCCUUCCUGGAACAGGAAAAUCUUAAACUCAGAGCACAAGUGACAAUUCUUAAAAAUGAGACUGCUAAACUGCACUACAUGUUGUAUAAUAGACUAUGAUGCUGUCUCGGAAGUAUGGCUAGGAAUGGUGCGAAUAUGUUUUAUCGAAAGUGCUGCAAUAAAAAUCGGUGUGUAGAGUGAUGAGGAAUUCUAAUCAUGAAGUGUAUCGUUUUUCAUUUAUUCAUUUUUAUAUAUGAUUGGAUUGGUUGGCUGAUAAAAGGACAUGUUAAGGAAUUCAUUUUAUUGAAAUGUGAAUUGUUCCAAACACUGAGGAAUCUCGAUAUGGACAUAGACUUGAGUAUACUUAUGUAACAUGUGGCGGACGUUUAAGAUGCCACGCAGACUUUAAAAGUUAUACUCGUACAGGUGUAAAUGGUAUCAUACCUUUUGGAGAGGCGUUCAUGAUCUCAUGAAGGACAAUCAACAUUCAACUUAAUCAUUUUAGUUCUCGAUGUCAUAUUUAUCCAUUUGUCAAGGAAUAAUUACGGUAACGAGGGCUAGCCGUGAUCAAAUAAUAAAUUAUUGAAAUGAUGUAAUAUUUUUCGGCAAAAGAAACAAUUUGGGAUAGUUAAGUAAACUGUUGUUAUUGUUGUUCAGGAAUUGUAAAAUAUGAAAUAUGCUUAAUUGUUUACAAGAAAAAGCAUGAGACACAAACUGAAGAAUGGGUCCUAGUGCAAAUUUACAUUACAUUUACGAACAAAUUAUCAACAAAAUCAAUCUUUACAUUUACCAUAGCAUAAUUUAGACAUGUAAGUUAUAAAUGUGUUUGUUUAUUUGAAUGUUUCAGUUUAUAUAUCUAUAUAUAUAUAUCGUUCAUUUGAUAUUGUAGUGCUAUUUAAAUAUUUGUAGAACAUGCUGACUAUUAAGUGAGUUUCAAUUAUCACAUAUGCAUGUGUCAACAUAUUAUUUAGAAUAUUUUUCAUUUUACUUUGAUACAAAUUAAUCCUUUGCAUAAUUUGUAUUUUUUGUUUAUGCGGUUAGAAAGAAUAUUGUACUAAAAUGUUUAUAGAUAUGUUAAAAACAAACUGGAUUUUACGACAUUUAAAUAAAAUAAAACCUAAUCAGUAUUAUUUGGAAAUACAAAAUUAUUACGAUUAUAAACAAUACAAAAUCGAAUUCACUUCAUGAGAAAAUAUUUCCGUUAUGCAUAUUAAUCGUAGAAUUAUAAGAUUUAAAAGUUUAAAACAUGGUCAUAAAUUGACAUAUCAUUUCUUAAUGUGAAUAGUAAUUCAAUUAACGAUGAGUAUGCAUAGGAAAUGUUUUCAAAGUAAGUACCAAAACGAAUAAGUAUCGACAAAAUAUGUUUCUUUGUAAAAGAUGUGAAAGAAAAACAUCAUAGUUCUAUAUAUGAAAUAUAAAAGUGCUUUAAUUUGACCAAAUAUAUCAUAUUUAAACCAAAUACAUGUUUUUUCUGAAAUCGAUAACCUGUUUUGGAUGACUUGGAAUAAAUUCUCAACAUUAUCUAACACGUGCAAAUUUAUGCACGUGAUUGAUCUGAAUGAUAUUUGUGCUAGAGAGUGUGGAUUAUAAACUUGUGAACAAAGUCUGGUGCAAAGUCUUGUUCUCGAUGUGGAAACACACAUAUAUAUAUCAUUCGUAUUGUUAAAAUUUUGUAAGAACAAAAUAAACAGUUAAUGUGAAAAUC